AUGCCUCGAUCCUUUCUGGUGAGGAGCUGCCGGCCCCAGCCUCGAGAUUGGGGCCACAUCACUGACCAGCACCGAGGAGAUGCCUAUAUCCCAGACUGCAACCUGGACAAAGGGCUGGCUGAUGAAGGAGGCACUAAAGUGGGGCCCCUGGGCAGAGAAACCUCCACAAGCACCCCAUCCUGCCUGCCACACAACAGUGGGAAGUCCCCAGCACCGGCUGAGCAGGGUCCUGCAGCAGGGCAGGGCCCCGGAGGGUUGAGCUGCCCCCUCUGCCCCAAGGUUUUCCCACUUCAACGCAUGCUAACCCGCCACCUCAAAUGUCACAACCCUGCCCGGCGCCACGUUUGCAACUGCUGCACCAAAGGUUUCCACGACGCCUUCGACCUCAAGCGGCACAUGAGGACCCACACCGGGAUCCGGCCCUUCCGCUGCCCCGCCUGUGGCAAAGCCUUCACCCAGCGCUGCUCGCUCGAGUCCCACCUGGGCAAGAUCCACGGGCAGCCUCCGCGCUACGGCUACCGGGAGCGCCGGGAGAAGCUGCACGUCUGCGAGGACUGCGGAUACACGAGCACCCGCACCGAGGACUAUGUCCAGCACCGGGCCCUGCACCCAGGCGGCCCCUACCCCUGA